UGAAGAGAAAGCUUUUGGGGAUAAAUGGGACUCAGAUGUGAGACUAAAGCGAAUCAAAAUGGGUCUCUUGCGGAAUUUUGGAGGUCUCCCAGCCCAAAAAAAUGACAUUGUGAAUAAAUUCAUGGAGAAAGUUGGGGAAGGCUGUAAGUUAGAUGUCAAUGUUGAUGAUCUUGUGAGACAAAACCUCAAGGAUAAACUAGCUCGACAUCUGAUGCUUAUCACCAAUGGUGACUCGGCUAUAGGGAUAUUGGAAAGAUCAUUGAAAAUGCUGGAUCGUGAAUAUGUAGUUAUAUUUGGAAGCCAGUUCGAGGAAGAUCAACAAGAAGAGUACAAUUACAGAAUUUUAAGCAGAAUCAUUUUGUGUAUGGAAAGUGGUGUCAUUCUUGUACUCCGAGAUCUUGAAAAGAUAUAUGGAAGCCUUUAUGAUAUGCUGAAUCAAAAUUACACUAACGUGGGAAAAAAGCGUAACUGUCGCAUUGCACUAGGUGCAUACAGUAAUCCAAUGUGCCAUGUACAUCAAGACUUCCGCUGCAUAGUACUUGUUGACCAAAGCAAAGUUGAUUACUCAGAUCCUCCAUUUCUGAACAGGUUUGAAAAGCAGCUUCUCAAGUUUGGAGAUGUACUUAACAGUCAUCGGAAAAAAAUUAUCAAAGACCUGGAUAAUUGGGUGUGUGAUAUCUCAACAAUACAAGGCCUUCAGUUCAAUCAUGAAGAUGUGUUUGCAGGUUAUUACCAAGAUAGUUUAGCAUCAUUGGUUGCAAAACAAUGCCCAGGAGAAGAUGAACUAUUAGACACUGGAGAAGUUCUUGAAAAUUGUAAAAGGAAGCUGCUUCUGGUUGGAACACCGCAAGGAAUAUUCCGAGCAACAAGAUCGAGAUUGGGAAAAAGUGUGCCACAGGAGGUCAGAAAGAUGCAAAAUUUGUAUUUUAAGUACCCCUUGUAUAAUGGCCUGCAGACAUUUUUAGAGACUACAUUGACCAUGCCAGACAAUGAAGCAUCAUCAGAUCUGCUUCAAGAUGCUUGGGAUAACGGACCUGGUUUCAAGACAGUUGUUAUGACGCACAGCAAUAUCCAUACCCCUAUUCAACUUGGGCCUCCUUUCAAUUGCCUGUCCAUAAAACUAGGAGCCUUCAAGUCAGAGAAGCAACUUACAACACGGCUUAAGAAAUACUGGUUUGAAGAUAAAGAGGAUUUGCUUAUUUUUCAGUGUAGGCCAACGACAGAUGCUGUACAUAUGCUGUUGGCAAAGACCAUUAUAGACAACUGUAGACAAGAGUAUGUGCAGCAGUUUACUGAUUCCUCAUUAAAGAAGCAUGUUUGCAUCCUUGUUCACAUGGAUCACAAUUCUUCUGAAACAGGCUGGCAGUUUAACUUUCUCUCGGGAUGGUUGUUAGUUUAUUUAGAUCGUCUUGACAAACCAAACAGUAAAUUGCAUGCUCUACUAGAGAAAAGUAUCGUGGACAUAUUGAAAGAAGGAGAUGUUUCUUUACAUGAUACCAUCAAGCAAAAUUUCCUGUGGGCUCUAAGCACUCCUAUAGUAUAUGCAGGAAAACAACCAUCUCUGGAUGUUGUCACAGAUAUCAUUUGCUCUGCUUGUAAGUCCAAAGAAUUUAUGGGCUGCUUUGAAGAGGCUAUUCUGAACUGGCUUACAGUGAAUGGAUUUUCUGAAACAAGGUCUUUGUUUGAUUCUAAUGCAUGGCAACUGGAUGUUGUAUGUGACAAGCAGGCUUUGGGGAAUUCAAGCUCCCUUCAAGAAGCACUGCAAAGGCAUGUAAAGCAGUGCUUGUCGUGGCCCUUAGCUAUGAUAGUUUACCAGCUGGAAUGCUCAUCAGCAUGGGCUAGUUUUCUCCAUUACUUAGGUGAUAAGGAAGCAGAUGUCCAGAAACGGACAAUAUGGAAGCAGCUAUUUCAAAAUCCAGAUAUUCUUCUCAUCUCUCAUUUGCAGCGACCCUUGCAUGCUGGGUGUUAUGUGUGCGAUUCCCAACAGUUGAAUCUCAAAUUUCCCUUUAGUAAAGUGUUGUUUGCCCGUUUAGACCAAGUUGAAUCCCUUUUUAAAGAUGACCUGAAAGCACUUUGUGAAGAUAAAGAAAACUUAGAUGAAAAUGAAGUGAUUAGGGGCGAGGUUCUUGGGUGGCAACAGCUUCGCUUCCAACCAGCUGUUCUUGGCUGUCUGUGUGAGGUUGAUUGUCACAUAGAUGCUUUUUAUGCUGAUCUGUUGGAGGAUUUCUGUAAUUUACAGUCUGCACAAUUGGCAUCAUCCUUGGACGAAGACACCAGAGUCAAGUCAAUGAAAACUCUUUUACUGCACCCAUUUCAAGUAAAUGCUGAUGAUGAUGGAAAGAGUGUGUUAACAAGAGCCAUUUUGGCAUUUUGGAGAAAAAAAGGACUAAUUGGUUCACUUUUGCAGCUUCUAGCAUCAGUUCAUGGCAUUUUUGGUAAUGCCUACAGUUUUCUUGCACAAGUUAUUGAAAGCUAUGAGCAGAGCCAGACAAACUCAUAUGGAUCUUUACAGCAAACCUAUUACCCAGAGGGUGAAUCCAUGGGCUUACUUAUGUCAAGCUUGCACAGUAACAAAACACCUGAGUCAGGUCAUAAUGAUAGUAACCAAGUGUAUGCUACAAAUGAAUGCAUUGCAAAUGGCACCAGUAAAACCCUUGAUCACGCAGACACAGAAGAAAUGACACCUACUCUGCAACAACACCUUGAAGAAAGCACAUAUUUUGUUGAAGAUGACACCCUUCAAACAGAACAUGGUGAAGUUGAUGAUAUGGAUGGAACAACAGAACAUUUUGCAAGUAGCGAUUGUAUGGAAAAGAAACCAUUAGAACAACUUAUUGUUGAGCAUGUGUGCAAAAGAAUUUUACCAACAAAAUCUGUCCUUCGUCUUUACAAUGGCGCCUUUCACUGGCACAACAGAAUUAAUAUUUUACUGCAACUGUCUUCAGAAGUAAUGUCACUAAGUGAAAAUGGCGAAUAUCCAUCAGUGCUGCACUAUUUGCGUGUUUGCAAUGACUACAUGAAUGUGUUGCUGAUUCCACACAACCUGUCAGAUGAUUUCAUUUUGAUGGAUGAAGUGCAUGAUACAGAAGAGAUUAUGGAAUCUGCUGAGUUGUUUCAUAAAGUGCUUUUAAAGAUCCAUGAACUUCAUCUUGCAAACCAAAUUCCUGCAGAAAGAUUGCAACUUUUCCUUUGUAUGUAUUUUGGUCGAAUUCUUGAUGCAAAAAUAGAUACAGAUUUGUUUAAGGACAUAUUUCACUUGGUCAGAGAAGGAAACAUGCCAGGUGAAAACCUGUGUUAUUUUAGACCUGUUCUACAAAGAAUUCUGCAAGCAGAAGAUGAAGAUGGGGAACUUCUGUUAAGAAUCAUCGAUGGAGAUGAGCAAAAAGUUUUUCAGGAAAAUUCUCAAUUGGAGCAGUUGGAUGAUGUAUUGAAAACAAACUUUGAGAAGUAUGGUUGGAACAGUUCUCUUGCAGCUUUGGUUGUUGACGUAAUUACAAGCAUGUACUUUGAGUCAUUGAAAAUGUGUUGGGAUGAAAAUGUGCAAAAUGAGAUG